AGAGAACGGUAGGACAGUGAAAUCAAGAUGGCGUCGCGUGUAUGGUGCGGAUGAUCGCAGUGUUCGUACGUUGAUAGAGAUUACACCAAAGUUAGACAUAUUAUCGGGCGCCAUGUCGGGAAAUCCGCGGGACAUGGACGGUUUUAUGCCGUUGCUGUCCACGACGGAUAUAAAGAAAAAACUUUCGAUCGGUGAUUUGGUACUGAACUACCUAGGUGACCCGGAUAAGAGCAUCGAAUGCCAAGACAUCGGACUUUUUAUCGACAAUGUGAUACCAUGGCUAACCAACGGCAAUCCAAAGGUCGUUCAAAAUGGGUUGGAGAUCCUCACGUAUCUUGCCGAUCGGAUGGGUCAUGAUUUCAAGCCUUAUAUUUCUACAGUAAUACAGCCAAUGAUAGAUAGGCUAGGUGACAGCAAAGAUGCGACUAGGGAGAAGGCUCAUUUGGUUCUUCUUAAAAUCCUGGAGAAGGGUUGUUUGACACCCCAACAAUUGUUGGACAGAUUUCGUCCUGCCUUCACCCAUAAAAAUGCUAAAUUAAGAGAAGAAGCAUUGGUUUUAUUAACGACAACCUUGAACGAGCAUGGCGCAGACGAGAUGGCUCUCUCUGGUGUGAUUCCCAGUAUCGUCAAACUACUCUCGGACCCGUCCGAAAAAGUUCGAGAAACUGCAUUAAACACGCUAACGGACAUGUACAGACACAUUGGCGAGAGGUUGCGCGUUGACUUGCAGAGGAAGCACAAUGUGCCGCAAGCCAAACUUCUCUUGUUGAUUAAAAAAUUCGAUCAAUUGAAAGCAUCCGGCGAUUUGUUACCUCUCGCAAUGUCAUCCGAUGUUGGUAAAGACACUGAUGAGCCUGACAGAAUGAUUAAGUCAGCACCUUCGAAAAGAACGGCUGCACCUCUCAAAAGAGGCCAAUUUGGCCCAGCAAAGACACCAAGUUCUGCAUUAGCUACGCCUAUACAUGCAACGGUUCUACGAGCCACAACCGUCAGUAGGUCUAUGCCACAUAGAUUAACAUCAGGUCAAGCUGGUGCUGUAGAUGAAGAAACAUUUUUAACAUCGUUUGAGGAUGUAUUAAUGGUUAAUUUAUUCUCUGCAAAGGAUUUGGAAGAACAAAUGAAAAAUAUUAAAGAUAUUAUUGGAGAUGAUAAGAAGGACUGGAAACAAAGAACAGAGAGUAUGAAAAAACUUCGAGCAAUUGUUCUUGCCGGUGGUAUGAACUAUGAGAAUUUUUUGGAUUGUCUUAAAAGUAUACAGCGACCAUUUGAAACUGCAUGUACAGAUCUUAGGUCACAGGUUGUUAGAGAAGCUUGUAUUACUUUGGCAUUUCUGAGUCAGCAUUUAAAGACCAAGUUUGCCAGUUUUGGAGAAUCAGUUCUUUUGACUCUAAUGAACCUCAUACAGAAUAGUGCCAAGGUCGUGGCAACAGCAGGGGCUGUAGCAGUUAGGUUUAUCCUUCAAAAUACACAUUGCAGUCGAUUCAUCCCAAUCAUUACAUCUUCGUUAAAUAGCAAGAGUAAAGACAUUCGUCGGGCUUCGUGUGAAUAUUUAAAUUCAAUUUUACAAACGUGGCCUACUCAAAUGUUGCAAAAACAUGUAAUGGUGUUGCAAGAGGCUAUUAAAAAAGGAAUCGCUGAUUCUGAUUCUGAGGCAAGAGUAUUCGCCCGAAAAUCGUAUUGGGCUUUUAAAGAGCAUUUUCCGGAACAAGCAGAGAUACUUCUUAACAGUCUUGAUGCAACAUACAAGCGUUCACUGAUGUCUCUUAGUAACAGCGGAAGCAUCAACAGUUUAAAUGUAGUAACACGAUCAACAAGCGUUAGUCCAAGAGCAUCAAGACCUGCGUUAAGUGCCACAGGUAGUACAGAAAACUUACAUCAGACACCAGGCCAACCUCAUGGCCCUCUCAGACGUACUCCGUCAUUACCUCGUUCAUAUCGUCAAUCCGGCAUCCCAAUUCUACAAAGACCCACAGAUAAUCAUUAUCGAGUCACGCCGGGUGUUAGAUCUACUAGUGCGAUAGAUUUACAAGCUGCCCAAAGAGCUAAAGCAAGAUUGACAUAUGGAAAUAUGAGUAGAUACAAAGCUACACUUCAUAAUGAUCAUAGUCAUCAGGGUAAACAAGCAAGACACAGUAAAUCACCUGAUACCGCUGCUGUUGCUAGUCCUGAGCGGACAGCUAGGACAAGAACAAGGGUAGCAGGAGUUUCACAAUCGCAACCCAGCAGUAGGUCAGGCUCACCAUCGUCGAGGUUGAGUUAUACAACGUAUAAUCGUGAAGGAGAAUCAUUAAUGGCAAGACCAAGGAAAUUAUCUGGACAUGGUAUUCGAAGUACAGGCAAUAGCCGUGAACCUAGUCCACAGAGAUUUGGAAUGGAUCGAAGUUUUGCAUCUAAAAUACGAGGAAGGAGUUUACAUAUGUCACCAACAGAUAGACCUCAGUCUAGACCAGUUUUGGCACAAAAGAUGUUACAACAAUCUCGUGAAGCAGAAUCUGCUUUAGCAGAUGCAUUUACUUUUGAUAGUAUUGACAGUUGUUAUAAUAGAGCUACAAGAGUUAAAAGCGAACACAGUGAUGACAGCGAAACUAGCAGUAUAUGUUCAGAACGCAGCAUGGACAGUUUCAGGCGACCUAGUGAUUCGUUCUCAUGGAGUGGCUCCCAACAAAGACUGUACCGUGAUAACUGGGAUCAGUCUAUCCCAAAGGAUAUUAAAGAAAUAAUAGAAAAUUGUGCUCACAAACAUUGGGGUGACAGAAAGGAGGGUUUGCUGGGACUACAACAUUUUCUUGCAAAUGGACGUACAUUGACUGCAAGUGAAUUGCGUAAAGUUACGGAUAUUUUUACUAAAAUGUUUAUGGAUUCGCAUACCAAAGUGUUCAGCUUAUUUCUGGAUACUUUAAAUGAACUAAUUACGACACAUAAUGAAGAUCUUAAUGAUUGGAUAUACGUUUUAUGUGCGAGACUUUUAAACAAAUUGGGUACAGAUCUAUUAGGAUCUAUUCAAGCUAAAAUUCAUCGAACGCUGGAUGUUGUAAGAGAAUCUUUCCCUGGUGAACAACUAUUACCAGCUGUAAUGAGAUAUUUAACCGAUCCGACGCAAACGCCAAAUUCUCGUGUAAAAGUUGCUUCCCUUACAUUUGUUACACAAAUAGCGGAAACGGCAGAACCUUCUGCUCUAAACAAUUCUGCAGGGACUGCUCUAGCUAGAUUACUUGACUGGACGAGCGAUGUAAAAAGUCAAGAUGUUAGAAGGCACGCACAGGAAGCGUUUAUAGCACUUUACAAUUUAAAUCCUCCACAAGUUACAAUGAUUUUAGCGGAAUUACCGAAAUACUAUCAAGAAGCUGCAUUGCCCUUGGUUCAGAAUUAUUUGAAGUCAUCAGGAUCGAGUAAUCCAGCUUCUCCUGGAACUCCACCCCCAAGAGCUCAACACUCUCCUGCUCGUAAUAAGAAGAACGAUGUUGAUACGGCAGAUGAAAAUUUGGAAGAAGUUUAUAAAAUCUCUUCCUACAGAUCGUUGCGACGUACAACAGCGGAAAUUCAAAAUUAUGGAUUCGAGCGUUUAGAAAGAGCUACAACAAGCAAAGAUAGUGGUAUUAGUAAUAUGGCUGAUUUAGAAGAAAGGAUAGAAGGUCUAACGUUAUCUAAUUCGGGAAGGUCUUCUUCAGUAUCAUCACCAACACAAAGAGGACGAUCUGUUACAAAUAUAACAGUAAAUGGUUCGAGUGAUACAAUCGCUGGAGAUCUUAUAUUACCUCAAGAGAACAAUGGUUAUAAAAAUCAUGGAUCAUCCCCAGACUCCGCCAAAAGACCAGAAAUAUUAGAUAAUAUGAUUAAAACUAUACAAUCUAAAUUGACGCAAACUUCCGAAAAAAUAACAGCUUUGCAGAAUUUUCAGGCAUAUGUUCGAGAAGGAGACGCUACAUAUGUCAAACAAAAUUUCAAAAAGCUUCUCAAAACAUUAUUAGAUAGGGUAAAUAGCGAUAGUCAACAGUUACAAAUAGAAGUACUUCAGACCUUAAUUGAAAUGCUCAAAUGUCCAGAACUUUUGGAAUGUUUUUCUGUUUUUCCUGAAUUGUUGGUAUUGAAAGUAAUCACUGCCCAUAAGUUUGAUGAUCAGAAAGCCGAUGGUACUUCUAGCGGAGAUAAUGUUAGAGCGCCGGUAAGGAUGACAGAGGCACAGGUUCUUCGGACAGCGGAGAAGUGUGCAGCGACAAUUGCUAUUGCUCUCAGACCAGAACAAAUUAUUCUUGUUGUGUCAACUAUAAUAACAACAGAACCAUUUCCUUUAAAUAUGGGAGCGAUUAAAAUGCUUCACAAGAUAGUUGAACACUGGGGACGCGAAGCUAUAGAGCCUCAUCUUUCGAAAAUUAUGCCAGGACUUAUUAAGGCAUACGACGAUGUUGAAAGUACGGUUCGUAAAAGUGCAGUUUUUUGUAUGGUAGCAAUACAUGCAGCGGUUGGAGAAGAAGUUUUAAAACCCCAUUUGAGUUCUCUAUAUGCAAGUAAAUUAAAGCUUUUGUAUAUUUACAUACAACGUGCACAGCAAACGAACAGUCAACCGGCAAGUCCACGAAGCAACAGCAAAAAUUAACUAACAAAUAAUUCUGCGACAUUAAGGAUCGCAAUAUUAAGGAGAUUCGCACGCCUAAGUGCAAGACAUGAACGAAUGUUGGUUAACUUUCUCAGCAAAUCGAAUCCGUGAUCGUUGAGAAAGAAUCAGUCGUCGGUAGUACGAGUACAGUUGUGCCUCCUGACAGUGAUGUUACACGAAGGCGAAUUUAAAACAAAUUUUGUUGAAAAGUGAAAAAGAUAACAUUUUAUUAUAUGUCACACCGAUAUAAGCGAAUUUAUUCGAUCAGACAUUAGGCAAACCGUUAAUAAUUAACUUAUUUCUUUUUCUAAUAUGAUAUAUGACGUCUUUACAUUUCACUUCGAAUAUUAAUAUUAUAUAAGCGUAGCGAAUCCAAUCGCGAAUAUAUAUGCAUAUUAUGUAUGUUGGUUUUGAGGUAGGAAUGAACCUACGCAACAUAAAUUAAGUGGGCAAACAGUAUGACCUCUUCUUUUUUUCUUUAUUAUUAUUAUAUUUUUUAAUUUUAUUUCUGUGUUUAUUUACAAACAUAAUAUUUACUUGAAUGAGAUCUGACAGGGAACCGAUUUCAAUGGUAUAUAUUAGGGCAGACUUUUUAUUAUAUAACACGCGUUAUUCUUGAAAUUUAAUAGUAUAUUACAGACGCAUCGUAUGAUCUGUACAUAUUGCUAUAUGUUUUACGAAGAAUUUUCGAAAAUCACGGUUUGUAUACUUCUCAUUUUGGAGAGACACUAGUUUCUAUCAUCUUUGUAAAAUUAUUUAGUUUUAAGUGAUCUUUGUGUUUUCGUAAAUGUUAAUAUAGAUAUCUUAUUAUUUUUCAUUAAACAGCGGUAUUGCAUAUCUGUCUUUUAUCCGAAUCUUCCAUAAAACCUAAAUGCAGAUCAUAUUUAGUUGUAUAUAAAAUAUAUAUUGAUUAUACGAGAGACUGAUAUUAAAAAUCGUACUACGUUGUUUAAUUUGAUGAUCAUAGAAUCUAAUAUAAAUUAUAUACAAAAGAUCGCGAUAGUAGGAGUCUGAUGUGUGACAUGACUGUCAAGAGGGGAGAUAUAUAGAUUACUCGACUUCCUUUCUAGAUAACGCAUAAAGACAAUGCAGGUAUCAAGGAACAAAAUGUUUGAAAGAGAGAGAGAGAAAGAAAGAAAGAAAGAAAGAAAGAAAGAAAGAAUAAAGUAGAGAUUUCAAUAUGCUUGAGGAUCGUAAAUAACAAUCGUUAGCGAUACUGUUUGCACCGCAUACAACACAACAGUUACGACAUUAUUAAUGUCGAAAGGAAAGUAAAUAGUUUAUUCGUCUGAAAUCAAUGUGCUAGUCAGAUUUCCAAGGACGCACAAUGAUGCAAGAGAACACAAACGAAGUUUCUGAGUAACAAAAAAUGAUGAUACGUAUAAAAUUGCAUGUGAGAGAUAUGUUGUUGAAGGAAAAGAAUGAGAGAGAAAGAGUGAAUGAACGAAUUACGUGUAACAAUAACAGAAAACAAAAAAAAAUACUGAGAAUAAGACUAUAGAGGUUUUUUCGAUAAUCCAAUGUGCUCUAGUGUAAUGUUAAUUAUUAUUAUUAUUAUUAUUUUUAUUUUUAUUUUUAUUUUUAUUACUAUUAUUAUUAUUAUUACUUCUAUAUUAUUAACUAUUCAUCGCGUUGCCAAUAUUUGAAUGAACGCUAAAUCAAAGCUAACAUUUAACAAGUUUAGUAAAGUUUCGUGCCAUUGUUGAUUUUUUUUAUUUUUGUUUUAUUGUAUGAAAAUAAAAUAAUAAUAUACGCGGCGUGAAUAAUGAUAUAUGUGUUAAUGCGCAUGUACAUAUAAACAAAUACACAUGCAUAGAUAUUAUGCGUAUGUAUUUACGAUGCGUGCGUCUCUUGCGACGUAGGUCGAUCUUUAUCCUUUUCUUACUAAUUUUAUCAUUGUUAGAGCAGCAAAGAGAUAACAAAGAGUACCGUCGAAAGUCAUCGAGAUGGUAAUCGUUGAAGAUUAUGUUUCGUUUUUUUUUCUUUCCACCUAGUAGUGUUUCUCUGUUUCUAUUAUUUUUUCUUUUUAAUUUUCUUUUCAAUUUUCUUUUCAUUUAUAACAAAAUCAUCAUUGCGCCUUUGCUUCUCGUAUGUAAGAAAAAAUAUAAAUGAAAAAAGAAAAAAGAGCGUGAAUAAAAAAUAAAAAAAAAAAAAUAAAUAAAUAAAUAAACAUAAAUGAAAUAAUUCGAGCGGACAGAGACAGGUUCGUUAUUGUAAUAGAGUAAUGAUAAUAUCAGCGUCUAUAAAAGGAUAGGUUCUUUCUUUCUGGCGUUUUAAUAAUUACGAUUAAUAACACGUUUCACACGGCAGUUAACAGAGCCAAAUCGUGCCAAACAUAUCCAGAUGAAAACAGUAUAAAAAUUAAUCAAGAGAAGGAAAAAAAUACGUGUAAACGUUUUAUGUCUACUACGAAUAAUAGCAUUUUAUUUUCUAAUAUUUGUUAGUUUCUGCUUUUGGAAACAUAACAUAAAAGAUACGCUUCGUUGAUAUAUUAUAGUUGCCUUUUCGAUAUUGCUUGAAGUUCUUUUUUAUUUUUAAAGUUUUGCGGUUCAUUACGAUAACGUUCAGUCAUAUAUAUAAAUAAGUACAUACAUAUACAUACGAGCGUGUGUUUUAUUGAUCCUGAAAAUAAAUUCAUCAAGAAUUAUACGAUAGAUCGUAUAUGUCUCAUAUAGAAGGUUUUUUUUUAUUAUUAAUUUCAUUUUCUUAUUCUUCAAUUGAAGCCAUUUAGCCCAAGUUUAAUGUUAUGUUUUCAUUUCUUUGUUUUUCUUGAUUUUUAUUAUUUUUUUCUUUUCUUUUCUUUUCUUUUUAAACAUUAGACGCAAAGGCAUUACCGUUUUUUUCAAAUAAUAAUAUUGCAAUAAAGAUCUCGAAAAUUAAUUCGUUAAGAGAUCAAUCAUAAUAGAAAUUGUCAUCUUUCGAAUUCAUCCUCUCGAAAAGAUUAAUGUUUCUCAAAACUUUAAUUCUCACAUCUUUGAUGACCAUAUUCCACUUACUUGCUCAUUCAUUCAUUUGUUGAAUCAUUCAUUCAUUCAUUCAUUCAUUCGUUCAUUCAUCAUUCGAAUUAAAUAAAAAGCAUCACAUUUAAAUAGACGCGACGACGGUACGGUCUGUAUCGGUCAUGUAUAUAUGUAUACAUAUAGUAUUAAACAUAAUGUACAACCUACACAUUAUCUAGUAUUUAAGUGAGAGCAAUUAGGAGAGUAUACAUCGUCACUGCCUCCAGCGUUUGGUCGCGCCGACCGUAAUUUUGCGUUUUUCUUGAUAAGUCCACUAAGCUUGCUUUAAUGUUAUUAUUUUUUUUUUGUCAAAAGAAACGAGACAAAUCCAAAAAAAAAAGGACAAAUAUCAAGAGUUUUGAAGAAUAAUUUUUCAUAUUUUUCUUUUUUGUUUCCUUUUUUUUUUUUUUUUUAAAUAUGAUAUAAAAUGUCUUUUUACUAUCAGUUAUAAGACAUUAAGUAAAUUAUUUGUGUGUGUUUAUGAAUUAAUUAUUUAUAAAAAGCGAAAGGAAAGACAAGCGCCGAUCUGAUUUAAUCCUGUUAUUUGGAUAUAUAUACAGGAUCUUUCGCCUAACUAGAGACCAUCUUAAAUAUAUCGUUUAUUUCGUACAAUAGAAAAAAAGUGAAGGAAAAAAUAUUCUGUUUGAAUCUGUCAUCGUGUAUUUUUUUUUUUAAAUGUGACUGCAUAUUUUUAUUACAAUAUUCUUAUAGCUUAUAAAAAAACAAAUCCAUCGAUGUGCAAUAAGUUGUCCUUCAAGUGACCUUUACCGAGAAUAUUGUGAAAAGUACGCGCUCGUGGGUCGGUAAAUGAAGGAACAAAUGCAACUCAACAUGUAAGACAUUCAUAUAAGCAAAAAAUCUUCUUUCGUACAGGAAACAACAUUUCACAAUUUUCAAGGUGACUUUGACAAGGUCAGUUGAAGGUCUACAUAUUGCACUUCGUUGAAUUUUUUUUUUAUAAGUUAUAAGACUGUUGUGAGAAUAUGUAGUCCCAUUGAAAAAAAAAUACGAUGACCUUGAGAACAAAAUUCGGCCCAUCACCUUAUUAGCGCCUUCGAACAAAAUAUUUUUUCCCUCUGACAUUUUUUUCUAUCAUAUGAAUUAAGCGAUAUAUUUAAGGUGGUCUAAUUAGGUCUAAGACUCUGUAUGUAUACAUACAUAGUUUCUUUUUGGUUCUUUUACAUGGAACAAUCGUAAUAAGUUUUACGAAAUUAAUAAAUAAAGAAAUCACAAGCGUCUUUAAAUGUUAUGUUUCGAAUAGUUUAUUAGAUUAAUUUAAUCAGGCAUUAUAAUUAAAAAAAAGGAUGAAGCCUAGCGCGAAUCACAAAACGAGACGUUGAAAUUGUUCAAAAAAACCCUAAUGAUAAUGUAAUAAUUAGUAAGUGCGAUUUUGCUGGAGGUGUUUAAAUAAGGAUUAACGUUAAAUUAACAACUGAGAGAGAGAGAGAGAUAUAUAUUUACGUUAAUUCUUGAUGGUGAUGUGGCUAACGAUUUUGUUCUGACGAUUCUAAUGCUUACAUUAUUCUUACCUUAUCCGACAAAAAAAGUAACUUAUUUGUAUUGUAAUAAAUGAAUGUUAAAUAUUUACACGCUUCUAUAACACAAAUCAGUGACCGGUAUAAAUGCUAGAUUAUUAUCGUAUCGUAAAGCUCUACAUGCUGUUUGUUGCUUGAAAAUAUUUAUCAAAGACAUGAUAUUUCUUUCUAUACUUUAUUCUAUUCUACAUUAACCCUCUAUAGUCCAAAUUUGUUUUACGAUUAUAAAUAAACAAAUUUAUAUCACUUGAAAUAUACAAAAUUAUUAAUUAUAAUGUUAAAUAUAUACACGAAUUAAUAAUAAAUGAAUAAUUUUCAAAGAUAAUAAAAUUUAUUCCGAUAAUUCAAGCUUAAGUUGAUAAUCGUUAUACAAAUUUUUCUUAUUAAUUACCAAAUAAUUAGUUUAACACAAUAUCUAUACAUCAUAUUGGAAAAGAAAAUUAGAUUUAAACAAAAAAAGACGAAAAGCGUGUGGAACCUAUACGCGACUGAAAUGAAACUUUUUAAGUUUCCCCAUGUCGUCUGGAGCAAGUCUUGUCAAUAUUUUCCCAUUUUUCCCUACAACUCAAAGAAUUACAGAGGGUUAAUAUAUAUUUAAUCUCGGGAGAAACAUGUAUAAUUAUUAUUGGCAUAUAAAAAAAAGAACAAUGAGAUCGAUCGAUCGGAAAUUGUCGUGUGCUAUCAAUCGGCUGUUUAAAUAUCAACGAUCGAAGUUUGUUUGUUUGUUUUUUUGUUAUUAUAAGCUGUAAGAGAGAAAAAAGAUAAGAAAAAAAAAAAAGAAAAAAAAAUGGAAAAGAAAAAUCAUUAAUCAGUGGUGUUAUACGAUAAUAUAUGUUGUACGAAAGUUCGACUCGUUCGAUAGUUAGAACUUUCGAGAAUAAUUUAAAAUUUUGCCGACAAAUUCGAAUAUAAUAUACGUAUUCGAAAUGACUGCGAAAUUUGUAAAUUAUUCAGUUCGCGUUAGUAUUAAAUUGAGCUAAUUCUAUUCCAAAUCGAUCUAAUAGUUUAAUUAGAUAAAUUAAAAAACAAAAUCUAAAGCAAAGCUUGUUAACAAAAUUAUGCCGUAAGUUAAUUUUGAAAAGGUUUGCAUCGACGCGAACGAGUAAAUAAUCAAUGUUAUUUAUUAAUGCAAUUCUACUUGGCAGAUGCUCAUAAAAAUUUCAUCAUUAUAUUACUUGCAUACAAAUUUGCACAAUGUGUUUCGAAGUCGUUAAAAUUUUGUAAAAAUAUUUUUUUUAAUUUCUUCUCUCCCCUCGUUCCCCUCAACUUUUAUUUUCAUUUCGAAUGUAUAAAUCUUUUCCUUUUUCAUUAUUCUCGAGACACUUUUGUUCUAAUACCGGCAGUAACGUAAUGUUCAUUUAUGUUAUAAUGUGUAUAUUGUCUAACGUUUCCUUUUUAAAGGAAAAUCUCACUGUCCACUUUCUUCCUAUUUAUAUUAUAUUAUGAACAUCGCGAAUGGGAUAAGAGUUUCGACGUAGAUUAAAGUGACACUGAAAAGAGAACACGAGAGCUUCUGAAAUAAUGAUAAUGAUAACAAUGAUUAAAAUAUAAUUAUAAUGAUGUACGCAUAAUAAAGUUGUCAAGGAUGAUGAUUUUUUCACGCUGACAAAAAUGUAUUACUGUAAAUUACUACUACGAUGAUAUUAAUUGUACUGUUAUUGUAAUUGCUAACUUGACAUAAUAAAGUAUUGCGAUAAAAGAA